AUGUAUGUGUUCGUGGCGCAUAAGUCUGUUCACAUUUUUGGAGACAUGAUGCAUUAUGUGAAACUAAGGAGAAAGAUGGUGAAACAGGAAAAAAAGAGGUUGGUUCGCGAAGUGAUGGGUGUGAACGUUAAUAUGCGUGUAGGCAUUCACACAGGGCGUGUGCACUGUGGCGUGUUGGGCCUGCGGAAAUGGCAGUUCGAUGUCUGGUCCAAUGACGUCACACUAGCCAAUUACAUGGAGAGCGGAGGCAUACCUGGCCGCGUUCACAUAACAAAAGAAACACUGAAAUGUCUGGAUGGAGCAUACGAUGUUGAGCCAGGCAGAGGCGGAGAAAAAUUCCUAUUUGAGAGAUCACAACAUCGAAACUUUUCUUAUUGUUCCUGGAAACACU